UGGUGGAGAUGGUCGGAGCAUCUCUCCACAAAGCUUGAAAUACACAUAGCAGUGGGAUUUAUUGGCAUGCCUCUCAUCAUUCACAUCAAACCCCCCAUUUCCUAAUACCCAUACCAACAAACAAUUACUUUGAUUUCUGUGACAACAAAUUAACACAGAUUCCUCAAAUUCUUAUGCACCAUCUCCUCUCUCUCUCUCUAUCUGUCCAAGCACUUCGAGUAUAUAUAUUUAUAUGCCAAAAGGGUAACAACAUUUGCGAGGGGAAAAGAAGCACAAGUUGUUGAAGCCAAAUCAGAUCAGAUCAGAGAGAGAAAGAUCUGAUUUUUUCAAGUUCAUGACACUGGAAGAAAUUACAGAUUGUAUGAAUAUUUGAAAGUAAUGGAGAGGCUUCUGAAUCAGUACGACAAGGAAUACAUGAAAAUGGCCAUGCUCAAGCACGAGGAAACAUUUCGAGAGCAGGUUUACGAGCUCCAUCGCUUGUAUCGGAUACAGAAAAUGUUGAUGAAAGACAUUGCCAAAAACGGGCGGGAUAGGAAUAGCCCGGCUACUUAUAACGGGCCGGGGUCUAAGGCGGAACGAGCCGUGGAGUCAGUUGGAAAAUGUGAAUUUGAUGAUCUGGAGCUGACUUUGGGGCCGAGAAGCUUCUACGAGAAGAAGUCAGGGCCAAGCUUAUCUUCAUCGUCGACAAGCAAGGGGGUGAGAAGCCCGGGAUUAAAAUGGGGGCCCGAGACUACAGUUUCCCACCAGCCUUGGCUAUUUCAGGCCCUCAGCCUAAAUAUGACGUAAUAAAAAAUUUCAUCUUAUCAUACCUAGCUAAUUAUGUACUAUGUUAUUACCACCUCUGCUGAUUAAUUAUGUGAUGUCAAUGUUGAUUGUAAUUGGAUUUCAAUUUUAAGAAAUCUUGUUUAGCUC